GACUGUGGAGUUGAGCUCUUCCAGUGUUUGAGGAGAAGGAAAAUUAUGAGGACACUGUACACUGAAGGAAUGAACGUUAUUAAUUUACGAUUUUGCCACUCUUCUCAAUUCCUCUUCCUAAACCUAAAGGUUCCGUUCCUUGUUCCUUCUUCGCAAAUUGGAAAAUUAACUCUAAGAAACCACAUUCCUUCUUCCAUUUCCUUCAAAAACCGUGUAAUUUCUCCGAUUCAAGCAUCUAUGGCCUCAUCCACUGUCACAGAAACGGAGACAAAGCCAUUCUCGGUGCUCUUUGUGUGCCUUGGCAACAUUUGUAGGAGCCCAGCUGCUGAAGGGGUCUUCACAGACUUGGUCAAGAAAAGGGGUUUGGAUUCCAACUUCAAAAUCGAUUCUUGUGGCACCAUCAAUUAUCAUGAGGGAAAUGAAGCAGACCCGAGAAUGAGGGCAGCCUCAAAAAGGCGUGGGAUUCAGAUAACUUCUAUUUCGAGGCCACUUAAGCCCUCUGAUUUCAUUGACUUUGAUCUCAUUCUUGCUAUGGACAAGCAAAAUAGAGAGGACAUAUUGGAGGCCUUCAAUAGAUGGAAAUUUAGACAGACUUUACCAGAAGAUGCACAUAAAAAGGUUAAGUUGAUGUGCUCAUAUUGUAAGAAGCAUGAUGAAACUGAAGUCCCAGAUCCUUACUAUGGUGGACCGCAAGGUUUUGAGAAGGUGUUAGAUUUGCUUGAAGAUGCUUGCGAAUCAUUGCUAGAAAACAUUUUGGCUGAAAAUAAACAUAUUCAAGAAUCCUAAUACCUUUUUUAACAGCCAGAGUAUCCAAUCCUGGGGUAAAUUUGUAGAGAUCAACGGUUUUCAUCGAUGUCAAAGUACCUUAUUAUUUCAGUGGUUCACUAUCUUAAAUCCACAAUCUCUAUACAUGGGAAACUUAUUUGCAAUACUUAUCUAAGAAUUUGAGUCAUAAAUGCGUUUUUGUCUUUUUUUUUUUUUUUUUUUUUCUUCUGUUUAUCACAGAAAUACUGUCUGUGACUCAG